CGGCAUUACCACUAGUUGGCGGUAAUAUAAAAUUUACCAGCUAAAAAAACCGUAGAAGAAGAUCAAAGAUAAUUUUAUACGUUAGUUACGACAAAUCUCUCCAAAUUUGAUGGCGAAAAGAUUUUAAAAUGGAUAAAAAAAGACCAUUUGACGUGACUGCCUCUUCGCUGGUGGACCUUAAAGCUGAGCUGUACAGAAAGCAGGAACAAUUCAAACAGCAGCGACUUGGACAAGAAAGUGCUAGCACUGGACACAAACCAAAACCCAAAGUUAAGAAACCAAAUGUCUGGGUCAAGCAAAACUCUGGCAUUUCGGCAAGAGCUGAGAAAGAUGCGGAGCAGCUGGCUGAGGAGCAGAGAAGCUUGGAUAAUGCAAAGAGCAAGCUGGAGGAGAAAGCCAAACUGUACGAAGAGAUGACAAAAGGAAACUUUCCAGAUGAAGAAACUGAGGGGUUGUUCCUAGUGGACUUUGCACAGAAGAUUCUUGACAAAAGAAGAGAGACGCACUUACAGAAGGACACUGGCAGUGAGGAGGAGGAAACGGGCAGGUUGUCCCCUAUGCCUCCUCCUCAGAACCCAGAUGAAGAAUGGGUGGACUUUGUGGAUGCUUUGGGACGAUCUCGAAGGUGUAUGAAGAAAGACUUGCCAGAUUUUAUGAAAAUGGACCACGAAUUCAAGGGAAAUGGAAAAGUCUCCGCUGACUUGCUGUCAGAGGACAUGCGCAGAGAGCUGCAAAGACAAGAGUGGGAACGAGAAGAAGAGGAAGCCAUGAAGAAGCCAGUUGGACCCAUCCACUACGAGGACAUCAGGGCUCAAGAGGCUCGGGAGCUUGGCGUGGGCUACUUUGCCUUCUCUCACGACGAGGAGCACCGCAGAAAGCAGAGGGAGACUCUGGACAUGCUCAGGGAUCAGACGACCGACCAGCGGAGCAAGAGAGAGCGACUGAAAGAGAAGAAGAAGGACAUUCUGCAGGCACGGCUGGCCAAAAUAAAGCAGAGGAAGCUGAAGGCCAAGGGCGGUAUUGUAGAGGAAGAGCAGCUUGAGGAGGAGAAUAAAGACGAGGACGUGCUGGUGCCCUCGCCUCAACCCAGGGAUCCACCAGAGGUCAGCAGAGUGAAGAAGGUGGAAGUGGAGAUUCAGGAAAGAAGGGACACCAAACCUGGAGUCCCUCAUGUCCGAGAGUGGGACAGAGGCAAAGAGUCCAUGUUUAGUGAGUGGAAAAGCCGGCGCCAGUCAGAGCGAGAUUCGGAGUUUGCACCUCCCUCUGCAUACUUUACCGACCAGAAGCGCCCAAGACCCGCAAAGACUCAAAUACCAGAGAAGAAAAAUCCCCAAAUGUCUUUCACGUGGGCACAAGUCCCAAGUGGGAGCACUGAAAGCCAGGAUGAUGAUCCACGCCCUCCCCCCACAGCUGCCCCUCCAUAUCCUUCGCCACCACAAAAUCCUCCAACCCAGCCACAGCCUCCGCCCCCAUGUCGCCCUCCAGCUCCCCCCGCCAACCUCCAGUACCCCCUUCCUCCUUUUUACCCUCCAUUUGCUCCUCCACACUUUAUCCACCCAGCUUACCCAUUUCCUCACUUUCCCCUACACUACCAAAACCAGUAUCCCCCUCAGUGUCCAUCCCCAAUGCCGAGCCAGUUCCAGCCACAGGUGCCCCACCAACCCACUGUGCCCAACCAGCCCCACCUGCCACCCAAACCCACAGAGCCCAGCCAGCCUGAGGCACCUCCUCAACCAAGUCAGUCUGACCAGGCUCAGCAGCCACCUCAGAGUCCCUCCCAAAGUCUGGACGACAUGCUGUCCUUCUAUAGGAAUGCCACCUGAUACCUGUGUGUAGGAAAAGGGGGAAAAAAGCUUAUUUCUUAUAGGAAAUUCACAACAAGGACACACAUGAGGAAGCAACUGUAUCACCCGCAAUGAUAUUUGGCACACUUUACCCCUCAGGCCUUGCAGGGCUAUUGUGAAAUAUUACACCUCUGUGGUUUAAGUAUGUAAUAAAUAGACAGGUUUGACAUGA